AUGAGGAAGAGGGACCCUUUCCUUGUCACAUUCGACCACAAUGACACGGAAGACCCUAGAGAGUUUCCCGCUUGGAGAAAGUGGCAGAUUAUCAUCAUUGCCUUUACCUUGGAGGUGUGGGCAAACGUCAUCUCUGCAGCAGUUGUCCCAGGUAUCGAGGCGCUUGCGGCAGACUUGGACGUCUCUGUUCCAAAGGCAAGAGUCGUACAAGCCAUCUUUCUCUAUGGUUUUGCGAUCGGCGCCGUCACUCUCACGCCCAUUUCGGAGGAUUAUGGACGCUGGCCGACCCACGUCGUCUCUGUGUUCCUGGUCGGCAUCUUCCAGAUCCCUUGUGCACUGGCACCCAACUUCGCUACGGUGGUUGUCUUUCGAUUCCUCGCUGGCUUCUUCGCCGCAACCACUUUCAACGCAGUUGGAAUAGUCUCAGACAUGUGGGAUCCAGAAAGUCAGGGGAUGGCCGUCAAUUCCUUUGCCUUUGCAGCCGAGUUUGGCAUCGUCAUCGGUCCCAUCAUUGGCGGGUACACAUACGUUUCGGUGGGCUACCGUUGGAUCUUCGGCGUUCUGGGAUUGGGCACCGCCUUCUUCCUCUUGCUUUGGAUUUUGACAUGCCCAGAGACUCGAGCGGGCAUCAUCCUCACACGCCGGGCUAAGAGAAAGAGAAAGGAGACGGGCGACUCACGAUGGCACUCCCACCAUGAGUUGGCCAUGAGAGAGCGCAGCUUCCGUACUGUCGUUCAAGAAACUGUCUUCCGGCCAGUCUACAUGCUUUUCCGCGAGCCCAUCGUGCUCUGGUUCGCCCUCUUUGACGGCUUCAACUACGCUAUCAUCUACCUCUUCCUGGAGGCCAUUCCCCUCAUCUACAAGCAGUACAACUGGAGCGAGGGGGCUCUGAACCUCCCCUUCCUGGCCCUCCUCGUUGGCGUGCUCAUCGCCUACUUUUUGUACCCCGUUCAAAUGGCCGCCGAGAGACGCGAAGCUCGAAAGAACAAUGGAGAAAUGCCACCAGAGGCAAGGCUCCUGUGGAUGCUGCCAGGUGCAGUACUAUUCCCUGCAUCUCUCUUCUGGUUCGCCUGGACCAGCCGACCUCCAAUUCCGUGGAUUGUCUCUUGCCUUGCAACGGCCAUGUUUGGCAUCUCAUCGCACAUCAUCUUCAUCAGUGUCUCAGACUACACCAUCGCCAGCUACUCGAUCUACUCUGCCUCUGCCGUGGGCGCCCAGAGCCUCUUGCGCGAGAUUCUCUCGGGCAGCGUCACAUUUGUCAGCGAACCCAUGUACCACAAUCUGGGCUAUCAAUGGGCCUCGUCGACGCUGGCAUUUAUUGCUCUUGUGCUCGCAAUGCUGCCGCCACUCCUCUACUUCUUCGGCCCGCAGAUUCGCGCGAAGUCGGCAUUUGCUCUCGAGAUCGCGCAGGCCGAGGCCAGGGCGAGAGUCGACAAGCAGGACGCUCGAGAUGCUUACGAGGCCGAGCAAGAGUCCAAGCUCAAUGAGGCUCGCCAGGGCCAGAGCCAUGCCCCCGCUGAAUUCCAAGACCAAGACACGCCUGCUAAUUAA